AUGGGUAGAUCGUUCUAUGGUGACGACGAAUUCGUUGAUACUAAGCCCGGCUACAAGGGGGAGAUUUCUGAGGCUCUUAAAGAAAAGGAGUCUCUUCAUGGCAACAUCUCCUUCGUUGAAGGAAUGGGUAUCAGAAGCACGCCCUACUUGGAGUCCAUAGUGAACCUGACGAAAACCUUCAUUCAGGACAAAUUCUCCAUUGCUAACGCUGAAGUUGGAACUCAGAUAUCUGCUUUUCGUAACGAGUUCACCUAUUAUAUGGAUCAGGUCGCUACUUUCACUAGGGAAGAAUAUUUCUUGGGUGUGACAAUUCCAACGUUGAUCAGUGCUAUCGUUGUCAACAAGAAAUCAGCACCAGUGAGGAUCUUUUUCCCAUUGGCUGUGUCGGCUGUCUCCUUCAGACUUGCCAUGCCCAAAGCUUACGGGGCCGUUAGAGAUAAGGUUUCCCGUUGGGAACAGGAGAAGUAUCCUGAUGCAUACAAACAACAGCAGGACCUUUCACGCUCUGCAAGGGAAUUGGCGGAGCAGUUUCGUGUGGCCCGUGAGCAGGCAAAGCUAGAUUUGCAGAAAAACGUGCAUGACGCUAGGGUCUAUGUGACAGACCUUUUGAAGGACGACGAGUAG